AUGGCUCUCGAUGCGAGAUUGAUGCCACCCACUGCAACGCCCCAAAACCGCCAAGUUCGUUCGUCUGCUUCAACUCCCUCGCUUCGAUCCCGAGAUGGUAGUCUGCCUCUGCUCUCCAGAAUGGACGGAGCCGCAAAUGUCAGGGUCGUUGUCCGCGUGAGGGCAUUUUUAAAACGGGAGCUCGAUCGAAAAACGCGGUGUCUCAUCCGCAUGGACCCCAUCACGCAGCUCACCACGUUGCAAGCUCCCGGUCAGGACGCCGUCGACAGUUCCAUACCAAAGUCUCGCAAGAUUAUAGAAGACAAAACGUUCACGUUCGACAACUCCUUCUGGAGUCACAACAUCCACGACGCCCACUACGCCCACCAGGAAGACGUGUACAACAGCUUGGGGGAAGAGUUCCUCGAUCACAACUUCGAGGGCUAUCACACCUGCAUCUUCGCCUACGGCCAGACCGGUUCCGGCAAGAGUUAUACAAUGAUGGGGACGCCGGACCAACCCGGCCUCAUUCCCCGGACUUGCCAGGAUUUGUUCGAGCGCAUCAACGCCGCCCACAACGAAAACUCAAACAUUGCCUACAAUGUCAGAGUGUCGUAUUUUGAAGUGUACAACGAACACGUCCGCGACCUUCUCGUACCCGUCACACCCAAUGCUCCUCCCAACUACCUCAAAAUCCGCGAGUCGCCCACCGAGGGACCCUACGUCAAGGAUCUGACCGAGGUUCCUGUCCGCAACAUCAACGAGAUCCUGCGCUACAUGAAGAACGGGGACGAGUCCCGCACCACGGCAAGCACCAAGAUGAAUGACACGAGCAGUCGAAGCCACGCCGUCUUCACCAUCAUGCUGAAGCAGAUUCAUCACGACAUGGAGACGGACGAGACGACGGAACGCAGCUCCCGCAUCAGGCUGGUGGACUUGGCAGGCAGCGAGAGGGCAAAGUCAACCGAGGCCACCGGCGCACGACUUCGAGAGGGCAGCAACAUCAACAAGUCACUGACCACGCUGGGCCGUGUGAUUGCAGCCUUGGCGGACCCCAAAGCGUUGCGGUCGGGCAAGAGAAAGGACGUGGUGCCGUACCGAGACUCGAUCCUGACGUGGCUUCUCAAGGAUUCGCUGGGCGGGAACAGCAAAACGGCCAUGAUUGCCUGCAUUGCGCCGUCGGAUUACGAUGAAACCCUGUCCACGCUGCGAUACGCCGACCAGGCCAAGCGUAUCCGCACUCGCGCCGUCGUCAACCAGGACCACAUCUCGACCGCCGAGCGUGACGCACAGAUUGCCGCCAUGGCGGAAGAGAUCCGCGCGCUGCAGCUGUCCGUCUCCGACUCGCGGCAGCGCGAAAAGAAUGCCAAGGAAGCCGAGGAGAAACUGGAGGAGUAUCAGAACCGCGUCACCGCCAUGCAGCGCAUGAUGGAGGAACGCAGCAUGGUGGCCGAGAGCAAGAUCAAGAAGCUGCAGACGGAGAACGAGGCCCUGAAGCUGCAUCUCAAGCUGGCCAUUGAAAGCCUCAAGAACCCGAUUCCUCCCGUCACCAUCAAGCCGCAGCCGGCAGGCGAGGCCGGCAGGGACAAGAUGGGACAAGACGUCUCAGACGACGACGGCGGCGACGAAGACGAUGCCCAUUACUACGAUGGAGAGUACGACUCGGACGUGACCGCAGGCGGCGACGACGACUUGCAGGACGAGAUGCACCGGUACCUGCAAGACAUGGGGAACCUGAGGAAGCUCAUUGACGGGGAUCUGCACCGCUUCCGGAACGAGCAAACCGUCCGGAUGCCCCUGGGGGCGAGGGAGAAUGUCUAG